CUUUACUGAUACACACAAAAUUCGAGAUGUGAACGCCGCGUCUGGUGCAGCCUCUGCACGUAGUCUACGCCCCUAUGACCAAGUGACCGUGUACCCAGAAGGCUCUGACAGUGGCACUAACCAAUAUGCUCCUUCUGUGCGCUCUUUAGCUUCAAUAGGAAUGGGUUGUACUGAUGGUAGAAAAAUGGUUAUUAGAAGAGUUCCAACAUCACCUACGGAACUUUUUCAUCUAGUACGUCCUCCUACACCGCCAGACGAAGACACCGCGUCACACGAAAGUGACUGCGGCGAGGAGGAAGAGGACGCGGAGACUGUUCACUUAAAACCUAGAAGACCAUUUUGGGCGAACAAAAUACAGUUCGUUUUGGCUUGCGUAGGCUACUCGGUUGGUCUCGGCAAUGUAUGGCGCUUUCCUUAUCUUUGCUACAAGAGCGGCGGAGGUGAGAAAAUUAUUUUGUACACUAAUCUAUACUUUUCAAAAUUGCAUAUAUAAUUUACAUGUUGUGUGUUGCAAACGAUAGUAUUUCUCUAAACUAAGUUUAUACGAUAUAAAAAUUGGAAAGAUUAGCGUAAAACAAAAAGCCAUAUUACCACUGAAUAAAAGAAAACACUUGUAAAAUAUAAGAGGCAAAACCAAAAACCAUAUAAUACUUCGUAAAAUGCUAUGUAUCAAAAUAUACAUAAUAAACAAAAUA